CGAGACAAGUUUGACAGUCGCCACUUCUCAAAGCGAAGAAAGAAACAUCGAGAAAAGAAAGCGAGAGAAGCGCUCCAAGUCGUGACUCGUCGGCCAUGGCGCAGCCGUCGGCGGCGGCGAGGAAGCCCUCGGCAGCGCCAACCGUCGUCCUGACACUUGUCCUGGCCCUCGCCUCCGCGAGCCUCCUCUUCCUCCUAGUCCACCUGUCCCCUUCGUCGCCAUCCGCGCACCCGCACCCCCACCGCCGCCUCCGCCUGCGUGGUGCCCACCUCAGGCACGGAGGCGCCACCCCGCACCAGAUCCCGUUCGACCCCGUCAUCGCCGACCUCGAGCGCCGCCUGGACGACCGCGAGUGGGAGCGCCUGGCUGCCGCGGGGCUGCACGCGCCGGGCAUGGAGUCUGCCCCCGUCCCAGAGGACCUCGCAGACUAUGAGGACGAGUACAUCAAUGACGCCGCGCGGUUCAACAUGACGCUGCGCGUGGCGGCGCUCUUCCCCAAGAUCGACGUGGACCCCGCCGACGACGCCGUGACGGGCGCCGAGCUGGCCGCGUGGAAUCUCGCGUCCGCGCGGCGGGAGGUGCUGCACCGCACCGCCCGGGAGCUCGACCUGCACGACCGCGACCACGACGGCCGCGUCGCCUUCUCCGAGUACGAGAGGCCCAGCUGGGCUUGGCGGUUCGACGAUAAUAACUCAACCAGUGAUGGGAUGGGAUGGUGGAAGGAGGGGCACUUCAAUGCUGCGGAUAUGGACGGUGACGGCUUUCUAAAUCUGACGGAGUUUAACAACUUCUUACAUCCAGCUGAUACUACCAACCCAAAGCUAAUACAUUGGUUGUGCAAAGAAGAAGUCAGGGAAAGAGACAAAGAUAAUGACGGGAAGCUCAAUUUCCAAGAGUUUUAUAAUGGAUUGUUUUAUUCAGUUCGACAUUACGAUGAUGAAACUUCAACAGAUGACUCCAAUGGCUCUGAUGCACCGGCUAGAAAAUCGUUUUCACAGCUUGAUCUGGAUAAUGAUGGGCUUUUGUCAGCAGACGAGCUAAAACCUAUCAUCGGAAAACUCCAUCCAGCAGAAAACUUCUAUGCCAAGCAACAAGCUGACUAUGUGAUAUCACAGGCUGACACAAACAAAGAUGGACAGCUGAGUUUGAAUGAGAUGAUUGAGAACCCCUAUGUAUUUUACAGUGCUUUAUUCACAGAAGAUGAUUAUGGGUCUCAUGACGAGCUCCGGUAGUUCCUUCAAGCAGUAGGUGGUAUUCAGGACCUUUCAACGCUUGGUUAGACAUGCCAAGCACAUUUCAGGCGAUUUCCAUGUAUAACACAAGCGUGCAUUUCCACACGCCUGUUUUAGCAACAGAGCAUUCAUUUGUUACAUUAAGAGUUCUUGAAUUAGUUUCAUGUUUUGCAUGGCAAGUUAGCAUUGGUUCUUCCAUAUAUAGUUUUUGGUGUGCAAAAGUAGGUUGUUGUUCCAGGAUCACACACUUGUAAACUAUGAAAACCAGGAAGGUGCAGCUGUAGGGCUUGUAUGUAUGUAACUGGCAUUCCUGAACCCUAUCUGUAAACAUUGUGAAGUUAUGUUCUAUGAAAGUGAUUCUAUUCUCUUC